AAGUGGUCCAAGGGAAAAGUGCGAGACAAGUUGAACAACCUCGUCUUGUUCGACAAGGCCACCUAUGACAAACUGUGCAAGGAAGUGCCCAACUACAAGCUCAUCACACCUGCAGUUGUCUCGGAACGGCUGAAGAUUCGGGGCUCUCUGGCUAGGGCUGCCCUUCAGGAACUGCUUAGCAAAGGUUUGAUCAAGCUUGUGUCCAAGCACCGAGCCCAGGUGAUCUACACCAGAAACACCAAAGGAGGCGACGCGCCCGCUGCCGGGGAGGACGCGUAGGCAGGUGCUCCAGGGGCCUCUUCGACACUAUGUCAUAUGUUGGUGCACACAAUAAAAAUACUCAAAUAACUUUUGUUCUUUUUUCAAGAACGCCCACGUUUCAUUAUUGAUGUAUUCACUAUUAGGUACCUCCCUGGUUGUACUGUAGGUGACCGCUAUCCUCCCAUAGAGGCCAGGUCCUCUCAAGCUUCUAACAUAUGACCUUGGCAUUGUUUUCUAUUGUGAAAUGGGAAAGAACUUUAAAAUCACUGGGU